ACUGAUUAAGAUGAUGCGCCUAAGCGGAAUCGCGUCUCAGUUGAAUUGUUUACCCACAGCGGAGAUGUGGCAGGUUAUACGCUCCCGAUUUGAUUCUUGCCAAAACAAGAUUUCAGAUGAAGCAGUUGAAGGUGGAGUCGGAUCGGCAUGCUCCAAAAAGGUCAGAAAUCCUGAGCAAAACCUCCGGGGACCCUGGUACUUGGCCAGCGGUUUCCUUCUGUUCUGGGUACUACUUUUCUUUGCGGUCGUGAUGCCUCUGUUCUAUCGCCUUCCGAAAGGCUUAACCAUCGAGGAUGCGUCCAAGGGCGUCUUCAUCGCCGAACGCGCCCACAACAAUCUGUACGAAUUUGACGAAAUCGGAACCAAAGUAGUUGGCAGCGAUGGCAAUGAGAACAAGACCGUCGAUUACCUCUUGGGAUUAGUGGCCAAGAUACAGGAGAAUGUCCUGGACGAGUUCUUCGACAUUGAGGUCGAUCUGCAAGAGGUCUCGGGAUCCUACAUUCAUUGGACCAUGAUAAACAAGUAUCAGGGAGUGCAGAAUAUCGUCAUUAAGCUGAGUCCCAAGAACACCACGAGUGAAUCCUACCUCCUAGUCAACAGUCACUUUGACUCUAAGCCAACCAGUCGAUCUGCCGGCGAUGCCGGUCAAAUGAUAGUCGCCAUCCUUGAGGUCCUGCGCGUCAUGUCCACGACCAGGCAAACGUUCCGGCAUCCAAUCGUCUUUCUGCUGAACGGCGCUGAGGAGAAUCCCCUACAGGCUUCGCAUGGUUUCAUCACCCAGCACAAGUGGGCUAAGAACUGCAAGGGAUUAAUCAACUUGGAUUCCGCUGGCGGUGGAGGUAAGGAAAUUCUAUUCCAAAGUGGACCAAAUCAUUCCUGGCUAAUGAAAUACUAUAAGAACUAUGCCAAGCACCCAAUGGCUACCACCAUGGCUGAGGAAAUCUUUCAAACUGGUAUCUUGCCGUCCGACACGGACUUCAGUAUCUUUGUAAAAUAUGGAAAACUAAUUGGUCUGGAUAUUGCCCAGUUCAUCAAUGGUUACACCUACCACACCAAAUACGACCGAUUCGCCAAUAUUCCCCGAGAGUCCAUACAGAACACUGGAGAAAAUUUGCUAAGUUUAGUGCGAGCUCUUUCGAAUGCCACUGAGUUGGAUAACACAGCGGCUUACGCAACGGGGCACGCAGUUUUCUUCGAUUUCCUGGGAUUGUACUUCAUCAACUAUACGGAGAGCACUGGUAUUAUUCUGAACUAUUCCGUUGCCGGAGCAGCACUUAUCCUGAUCUUUGUAUCCAUUUGGCGUACUGCGAGCAUUUCCUGUGUGUCCACCGGUUACGUACUCUGCUGGUUCAUUCUGAUCCUAGUAUUCCAAGUCAUAGCUUUUGUGCUGGGUCUGGUACUGCCCAUAGCCAUAGCCUACGCAUUUGACAAGUUCGGACUCUCGCUGACCUACUUCAGCACUCCGGCCCUUAUGAUCGGUCUGUACAUAUGCCCAAGUCUGCUGGGAUUGGUCCUGCCUUCCUACAUCUACUUGAAGUUACAGCGGAGCGAUAAGGUGCCAUUUGCCCAACGACUGCAACUGGUUCUCCAUGGUCACGCCGUUGUAUUAGCUAUCCUGGGCAUUGGAUUGACUCUUUUUGGACUGCGAUCUGCUUAUGUGGUCACUUGGACUCUUAUAUUCUACGUAGUUCCCUUGGUCAUUAAUCUACUGACCACUCUGCACGAUCGCGGCUUUUCCUGGACUGGUGUGCUAAAGAUUUUCCAGAUCAUUCCGUUCCUGUACAAUAGCUACCUGAUUUACACUUUCGUGGUGACCCUGACUUCCAUGAUGGGACGUUUCGGCAGAUCAACCAACCCAGAUUUGAUUAUAUCUGCUUUGAACGGUUUGGGAACCAUUUUGGCAAUGGGAUUCUUGAUUCCCCUAGUUAAUAUGUUCCGAAGACCCAGCCUGAUCAUGUUCAGCCUUUUGGUCGUGAGUGCUUUAACCAUUUACACGGCUACCUCCACUCAAAUUGGUUUUCCCUAUAGACCAAAGACCAACGUAGAGCGCGUACCUUACUUGCACGUGCGGCGAACUUUCUACGAAUACGAUGGCACAGUUGUCAAGGAUGACUCCGGCUACCUGUUUAAUUUCCAGGAUCGUCGAGGACCGGCUCCCUUGAAGAUGUCCAAAGCCAAUCUGACGGGCUUAGUUAGCAUCGCUGCUGAUUGUGACAAGAUCAUGAUGUGCGGCAUGCCUCUUUACGAUCACCGUUGGGUCAAGAAUCAAAAGCAGAUAAUGUGGCUGCCGCGCGAAGAGCUCAUCAAUCCUCCAUAUGUACCGGAACUGGAGCUUUUGGGAAAAACGGAGCUGGGAAACAACACAGUUCGAUUGGAAUUUAGGACCCAAACCACGGAUCACAGCAGCGUUUUUAUCAAACCACAUGAGGACGUGAGCAUAGUAAACUGGUCAUUUGAUUUGGCUUACAUCGGACAGCAGACUACUUAUCAUAUAUAUUUCUCAUAUGGCAAGAAUAAAGCAGCAUUGACCUUUUUCAUUGACUUAUGGAAACAAGAUGGUGAUUUUAAUGUACCCAUGUGCCAGAUUGGAUUAUCAGCUCAUUUUAUUGGCGACAAAGGCGAUGCGUCCAGCCAAAAGUUUGCCAGCCUGCUCCCAUCGUUUGCCGCCUUAGUGGAAUGGCCCACCUCCUAUCAACGGUUCAUUUACUAAGCAAACAGAGCUCGUUGGCUCUUCGAGAUCUAAUAAACAUGAUCGUUAUCCGAAAGCACGAAAUAAAGCAACAAUUGUAUUGAUAAACUAUAAAACAAUUAGGAUAUACAUAACUUUAAUUGGGGCUAUUAUUAUGACUGUCACUUUGUGUAAGUCAUGAUUUAUUCUAUUAUCGGAAAGGACUUGUUCACAAAUUAAAAUAUGAUUUUGAAACUGCAACCUUCCAUUCUCGCAGGGUAU